AUGUUUCGCAUCACUAACAUUGAGUUUCUUCCUGAAUACCGACAGAAAGAGUCCAGGGAAUUUCUGUCAGUGGCACAGACUGUGCAGCAAGUGGUAAACCUGGUUUAUACAUCAUCUGCCUUCUCUAAAUUUUACAAGCAGUCUGUCGUUGCAGAUGUCAGUGGCAACAACAAAGGUGGCCUCCUUGUCCACUUUUGGAUUGUAUUUGUCAUGCCAAAUGCCAAGGGCCAUAUCUUCUGUGAGGACUGUGUGGCUGCCAUUUUGAAGGACUCCAUCCAGACGAGCAUCAUAAACCGAACCUCUGUGGGGAGCUUGCAGGGCCUGGCUGUUGACAUGGACUCUGUGGUACUAAAUGACAAAGGCUGCUCUCAGUACUUCUAUGCAGAUCAUCUGUCUCUCCGCUACCCUCUGGAGAUUUCUGCAACCUCAGGGAGGCUGAUGUGUCAUUUCAAGCUGGUGGCCAUCGUGGGCUAUCUGAUUCGUCUUUCGAUAGAGUCCGUCCAGAUUGAAGCUGACAACUGUGUCACUGACUCCCUGACCGUUUACGACUCCCUCUUGCCAAUCCGGAACACCAUCUUGUAUAGAAUUUGUGAACCCACAAGAACGAUAAUGUCCUUCGUCUCCACAAAUAAUCUCAUGCUGGUGUCGUUUAAGUCUCCUCAGAUAUGGAGGCUAUCAGGAAUCCGGGCAUUUUUCGAGGUCAUUCCAGAAGAACAGUGUGAAAACACAGUAUUGGUCAAAGAAAUCACUGGCUUUGAAGGGAAAAUUUCAAGUCCAUAUUACCCAAGCUACUAUCCUCCGAAAUGCAAGUGUACCUGGAAAUUUCAGACUUCGCUCUCAACCCUUGGCAUAGCACUGAAAUUCCAUAACUAUUCAAUAACCAAGAAGAGUGCGAAAGGCUGUGACCAUGGAUGGUGGGAAAUUAAUGAGCACAUGUACUGUGGCUCCUACAUGGAUCACCAGACGAUUUUCCGUGUGCCUAGUCCGCUCGCUCGCAUUCAGCUGCAGUGCAGUUCAAGGCUUUCCGACCAGCCGCUUCUGGUGGAAUAUGGAAGUUACAACAUUAGUCAACCCUGUCCUGUUGGAUCUUUUCGAUGCUCCUCUGGCUUGUGUGUCCCUCAGGCCCAGCGAUGUGAUGGAGUAAAUGACUGCUUUGAUGAAAGUGACGAACUUUUCUGUGUGACUCCUAAGCCUGCCUGUAAUGCCAGUUCCUUAAGGCAGCCCGGCCCUCUGGUCUGUGACGGCUUCAGGGACUGUGAGGACGGCCAGGAUGAGCAGAACUGCACUCAGAGCAUUCCAUGUAGCCACAGGACUUUUAAAUGCGGCAAUGAUAUUUGCUUUAGGAAACAAAACGCACAGUGUGAUGGGGCCGUGGACUGCCCAGAUGGAAGCGACGAAGAAGGCUGCAGCUGCAGCGGGGGCUCCUCCGCCUUCCACCGCAUCAUUGGGGGCAGCGACACACAGGAAGGGGGUUGGCCGUGGCAAGUCAGCCUCCACUUUGUCGGCUCGGCCUACUGCGCAGCCUCGGUCAUCUCCAGGGAGUGGCUUCUUUCUGCGGCCCACUGUUUCCACGGAAACAGGUUGUCAGACCCCACGCCAUGGACUGCUCACCUCGGGAUGUACGUGCAGGGGAAUGCCAAGUUCAUCUCCCCAGUGAAAAGAAUUGUGGUCCAUGAGUACUAUAACAGUCAGACCUUUGACUAUGACAUUGCUCUGCUACAGCUCAGUACAGCCUGGCCUGAGACCCUGAAACAGCUCAUUCAGCCAAUAUGCAUCCCUCCUGCUGGCCAGAAAGUGCGCGGUGGGGAGAAGUGCUGGGUGACUGGCUGGGGGCGAAGGCACGAAGCAGACAAUAAAGGCUCCCCUGUUUUGCAGCAAGCAGAGGUAGAGCUCAUUGACCAAACCCUCUGCGUUUCUACCUAUGGGAUCAUCACUUCGCGGAUGUUGUGUGCAGGGGUCCUGUCAGGCAAGAGAGAUGCCUGCCGGGGAGAUUCGGGUGGACCUUUAUCUUGUCGAAGAAAAAGUGAUGGAAAAUGGAUUUUGACUGGCAUCGUUAGCUGGGGACAUGGAUGCGGAAGACCAAACUUUCCUGGUGUUUACACAAGAGUGUCAAAUUUUGUUUCCUGGAUUCAUAAAUAUGUCCCUUCUCUUUUGUAA